AAAUGAAUACAAAGGGAAAAGGAGACGGUGAAAUUAUGUCAACGUUGCAAAUUCCACCGUGGUUGGAACUGCCGAAAGGUAUAUGGGCAAACAUAUUACACAGGCUAGGUGCGGUGGAGAUACUGUUGACUGCACAGAAAGUGUGCACUACAUGGAGGCGCGUGUGCAAGAACCCGUCCAUGUGGCGAGUCAUUGACAUGUGGAAUUAUGAUGGCCCUUAUAUCCAGCCUUACCACUUAGAGGAAAUGUGUCGCCAUGCCAUUGUUCGAAGCCAAGGUGAAGUAGUUGACAUUAGAUUGUCAUUCUUCGCCACGAAAGAGUUGCUUUUUUACGUAGCAGAGAGAUCAAGAAAACUUAAAAAACUUAGUAUUACGUGGUACUGCUACUCAAAACUACAACGCGAAGGCUUCAUUAAAGUAGUUCAAAAGUUGCCAUCAUUGGAAGAGCUAAGUCUGAUAGACGCUACUAUCACAGCUAAAGCUUUUGAAGCUCUUGAACGCUCUUGGUCAUGGUUUAAGUCGUUAGAAUUGAAGAAGAUCUCCAGUAUUACGAAAUCCAGUGAUGAAAUAAAUGAAGAGGCUCUAGCUAUUGCUCAAAGCUUGCCUGCCCUGCGCCGCCUUCAGCUCAUUAGAAAUUAUAUGACAAAUGAAGGCCUUCAAGCUAUUCUUGAUGGUUGUCCUAAUCUUGUAUCACUUGACCUGCGGGGAUGCUUUUAUGUUAGACUCGAUAAAGUCUUGAGUAGUAAAAUUUCUCGACAGAUUAAGGAUGUGAAGCUCNAAGUAUAA